AUGACGAUAAAUGUAUCUGCCCAUUCAGUAUCUAGAUUGGUUCAUCGGCAAAAUGUUAUAUUAUUGUUGAAUAGAUGUUUUUUAUUGUUAACUGAUCAGUGCGAUUAUAUUAAUAGUAUGUUUGGUUUAAGGAUUCUCCUUAGCUGUGUAAAUUUUAUUGUUGAUACUUUAGUGAAAAUAACUCUUGUAAUCAAGUUAUUCAGUAUUGACCUACAGGAAAUGAUAAGUGGACCUGUAUACCUGCCUGUCGUCACGACCAUUGUGCAAAUUAUUUUAUACUCAUUGGUCACCUUUUUUAUAAUUUAUAUUUGCGAACAGAACUACGGACAAAUUGAAAGAAUUGUCGCUUCUAUUGAUCGUAUACUGCACGAGAAAGACGUCAGACCUGACAUUCGAGACUCUCUUAAGGAUCUAAGGAAUACUAUCAUCACGAGGAAUAUGAAUUUCAACGCCGUCAAAUUCUUCAAACUGGAAUAUCCUAUUAUAGUGUCAAUUUCAUCUGUUCUUGUUACAUACGGCGUUAUAUUGGUGCAAAGUAUCAAGUGA